AUGCUCCGCAGCGCUGUCAGCCGUACCACCCUCAAGGCCGUCGGUCAGGGCGGCCUCGGUGGAUCCUCGAGCCAUGCCGAGCCUAUGCACCCGAACCUAGGACUUCACAGCGCUGCCGCUACCGGCAACAUCGGUCUCGUCAAAUUUGCGCUCGAGAAUGGUCAGCCUGCGAAUAGCAAUCUCAACGGCAUCUUGCCUCUGCACGCCGCCUGCUCUGGCGGCAGCGAACAAAGUGUCCGGAUGCUCAUCUCCCACGGCGCCGACGUCAACGCUCCUCGUCUCAAGGCAAAGGGCUCUACCGGCGGGCCGGGCGCAGAAGGUUCCACUCCACUCCACUUUGCUGCUGCCAAUGGUCACCUCGAGAUCGUGCGCAUCCUCCUGGAGGCAGGCGCACGUCCGGCUGCAGCCGACAAGGAGGGUGUUGUCCCAGAAGCACUCGCGCUCGGCAACCGUCACACGGAUUGUGCCAACCUCAUCCGUUCCUGGAUCUCUGCCUAUGGCUCCAACGGUUUGGCUGGUAUGGUCGAAGCGCGCGAGACCGUCAGCGGCGACGUCACCCUCGGCCCUGCGGGCUACAUUCGCUAUGCUGCCUCUCGACGGAGCGAUUCACCACUCUCACCCACCAGCUCAUCGAGAAGUGGACAGCCCACCACAACAUCCUCCACCAAUGCUGCCGCACCUGGCUCAGGCUCGUCGCAGCUCUCCACCUUGCCAACGUCACCCCCUUCUUCGCAGCUCACCUCACAGUCGUCCUUUGACACGCUUUCUGCGAACAGCGCUUCCAAGCCACAUGCUACUUCGCGCCCGCCACCGUCUUUCAAGAGCGCAUCCCUGUCCAAGACGAGCUCGAAUCCCAACCUUCGCAAUCCAGCAUCCUCAGCCGUAUCGCCUCCCCUCGGCAACGCAUCGCCUGCCUUGCUCUCCACAAAUCUUUCGUCGUCCCAGUCCCACUUCAACCCCACAUCCGUAAUUCCCAAUGCGGUCGCAGCGUCUGCCGGUCUCGGCUCCUUCCCAGCAGCUCAUCUGCAACUCGAUGCUUCCACUUCGAGCGCGGCUACUCCUGUGGCAUCCGGCAGCGUGCGCGAGUCCAAGAGGAGACCCUCGAUCCCUUCCAUUUUCGAAAAAGCUGCACAUCCAGCCGCAUCCUUACGGGCAGCGCUUGCCAGCGGCUCCUCGGCACAGACCUCCGCCAGCUUGUCGCAAGCUUCGUCCAGCAGAUACUUGGACCACUCAUACGACGCUAUCACCUCAAGUCCAGGAAAAAAGCACAGCAAGCUGGCUGGAAAACGCAGUUUUUCUCACAUUCUCAGGAAAGCCACCGGUUCCAGCACCGGUAGCGGCCAGCAGUCCGCUUUGCCACCCUCGUCCAGCUCCUCCUUUUCUGAUACGACGUCCGCGGCCAGCAGCAACAACAUGCUCAGCGGCGGUGCCAUCAACAUGGAUGCGCUUGCAAAGCCAGGUCGCACCCCCGGCAGAUCAUUCGAUCAUCAGCGGGCCUCGGCUACCGCUUCUCACCGCACCGCACGACGCAACACCGCCCUUGAGAGCUUAGGCGAUGAUCCAGAGGCAUGGAAUCACUCCACGCCAGCUCCCCCGCCUCUGCCCACCUCCCGCUCGGACGCUGCCGUGCUGGAUCAGCAGCGCACGCUUCGCAACGCUUCCUCCUCUUCAUCGCUCUCAACGGCUCGCGAUCCGUCGCUUACCGACAAUCAGGUCGGUCGGAGCCGCGCAGGGUCCAACGAGCAGCUCUCGUCCAGCUCGCGUUUCCCGCUGCGCGCGAACGCAUCGCUAGACUUGCUGCGUCCGACAGGUCACUUUGGGCAGAGCGACGACCACGGCAAUUCUUCGGCAACCUCAGCAACCAGAAAAAGUUCAGAAAGGUACCGGGCGUCUUCCAACCAGAACAGUCGCAUCGACGCCAUGCGACGUUUGGCAUCUGGCUCGGAAGGCCACGGUCAAUAUGCUGGAGCCUCGGCCGGCGUCACUCAUCUCGCCAGCAGAGACAGGUCCGUCAGUGGAUCGAGUAGUCAGAGCGCCAGUACUACUGACAACGAACGUGGUCAGGCGCACUCCACAGUGGAAGAAGCUGUAGAGGAAGAGGAUCUGCAGGAGUUCCUCGACCACACGGUCUCUGGGGUUGGCGAUCACACCACGGACGGCGGCGAGCGUCACGACUCGCACAGGCUUCCUGCUGGACUGCGCACCAUGACAGCUUUGCGGCAACAGAACAGUAAAGACGCAAGCGAUCCUCAGGUAGCAGAAUCUGCGACAGUCCGCCCCGCCCUGCCCCCUCCUGGCGCUACAAACGAGGACAGCUCAAGGAACGGCGGGGGCACUCCGGCCAGUCGCAUGACGCGCGACCGAUCCGGCAGUCACGUAUCUGCGAUCAGCUCAAGUUCUCAGUCUGGUCACAGCUCACGCGGCAUUGAUGUGGGCCUACGGAGCUCGCCUGGCCUGGCACCAAGCUUCCAGGCUCUAUCAAUUGCCGAAGAGAACGGCUUGACGUCCAGUGUCGGACAUACGACUGCGCCUGGUGGCUCGUCUACAUCACUGAACCGCGCCGGACGGGCUCCCUCGGUUGCCGAGAGUGUUACCAGCCAUGCAUCUUCCUCUUCGCUUCGUUCCAACUACCUUAGUGCAGCAGAGCAAGCCCAGGCGAUCCUUAAUCACGAAGCACCCUACGCUUCCGACGGUCCAGACGGCACUAGCACGUCGUUGGCAGCGCAACUCGCGGCGUACGGAGAAGCAUUGGCUGUAGAGAGAAGGCGAGCCGGAGAUGCGCGCACUGGACCCUCGCCCAGCCUGAGUGCCAGGGGGAGCAACGCAGCCCUGCGGUCCAAGCUGCCAAGCGUGAGCGAAGAUCAAUUGCCUUCGCGCUCGGCAGGUCACAGUUCGCGCAGCUUUUCGGUCAGCGAGCAGCGCACGCCCAACUAUCCAGCUACCGCAGCUCAGUCGUACAAUCGACGUGUAUCGCGCAGACCGCACAGCAGCGAGGGUCGUCAGUCGCAAGAAGGCGCCAAGCGCGGUUUCUUUGGUGGAUCGACUGCGACGAACGGCCCUUCGGCUCUACCAGCCACAGACAGCGCUAGAUCGGAGCUGGAAAGGAGCCCAGCUGCUCACGAUAGCACGCAAGCACAAAGGCAAGGUCAGGAAAAGGCUGGAGUUACGCCGUCAUCGCAUCUGCCUUCCGACCGCGACGAGACCGGAUCGCCCAACCUGGCCGACCGGGACAGACUCGACUCACCUGUUCAUGAGGAUACUACGCAGGCGCAGACGUCGGCAGAAGCUGCGACCAGGUCUGCAAAGGCAGGCGGAGAUGCUCUUGCUUCCGACCGAAGCGAUGACAUCGGACCCACGGUGCCACCUAAAGACCAGCCACGGCGUCGACACGAGCCCGUUGUGUUGAGUUCGGCUUCAGGUCUGCCUGCCAGCAUGAUUCUGCAAGGUGGUAACGCAACAGCAGCAGAAAUGGGUGACGACGACGAGGAUGACCCAAAGACGCCGGUGCUGGGCGGCACCAGGGCGGUGCUUGACAAGCUUGAGCCUUCGCCUGGCAGCCUGCACCGCCACAGCCCCUCGCUGCCGACGAAGCUGAGCUCUUACGAACGCUUGCCGCGGGAGGCCUUGGCCGAUAACGUCGACGCCAGCAGCACAUUAAGCUCGACACCACCCGUGCCGCCGCCUCGCAAAGAGUCGAUUCACACGCGCGCGCUCGGUAGCGGGCUGGGUAUCGAUGAGCCGAGCAUCAGCGAUGACAGUCGCAUGCUGACGCCAGACUCGGCCAUGUGGUCUUCAUGGCGAGCAGGCGGCGGGGCGAGCGGUCACGAAGAUGGGAUGAGUCAUAACAAGGUGACGGACUCCACCUCGUCGAGUCGAUGGGAAGGGUUGAGGAGGCCCAGUCUGAACAUGCUGCGCAGUGCUACUUCGUCAUCGACGCACUCCCAGACGCCAAGUCACGCUUCCUCUGUUGGGUGCGAAGGAUACAGUCACGGUCGUUGGUCGACGGAUGAGAGUAUGUCAGGUGGCAAAGCAGAUCUAGCUUCCAACAGUUCCACAGCUUCAGCUGGAGGUGGUACAGGCAAGCGAGGGCUGGUGCGCAAUCUUCUCAACAAAGCAAAGGGCUCUACCUGA